ACCAUCCAACAUUCACACAUAACCAUAAUGGUUGACAAUAUGUCGUACGAUGAUCCUAUCAAACGUGAACAACAACCUGAAAUUACAAGAACAAGAAGGGUUGAGCCACCAGCUAAUUAUACAUUCCAAAUUAAUUCAUACUCAACACUUUCAGAAAUAGGGAUGAAGAAAUGUGAAUCUGGAAACUUUGCAGUUGAUGGCUACAACUGGAAAUUGAUUUUGUAUCCAAAUGGAGACGACGAAGUUGAAGAUCAUAUCUCUCUCUACUUGGCUAUAAUUUCUAAGGAUAAUCUUCCUCUUGGCUGGGAAGUGAAGGUUAUUUUCAGGUUCUUUGUAUACGAUCGAAUCAAAGACAACUAUCUAACCGUCCAAGAUGGGAAAAUGAGGAAGUAUUCUAAAAUGAAAAGUGAACAUGGGUUCACCAAAUUUCUUGCUCAUAAUGCUUUCAAUCAAGCCUCCAAUGGCUUCCUUGUGGAUAAUGGCUGCACAUUUGGAGUUGAAGUUUCUGUACUUAAAGCCUCAAACAAAGGAGAAAGUUUAACCAUUUUUAAAGAGCCUCAACUUGGAUCCUUUUUUUGGUCCAUUUCUUCAUUUUCAAACAAAACUAAUGAAUUCUAUCUCUCCGAACCCUUCACCGUCAAAGGAAGAAAAUGGCGAUUGAUGAUAUACCCGAACGGUCUUUCGUCGGGAAAGACGUCACAUAUCUCUCUUUACUUGAAGUUGGACAGCUCGGAAACCGUUCCGACCGGGAAGAAAAUCUAUGCCAAAUUCUUUCUAAGUGUUUAUAACUUUGGAGCUAAAAAAUAUGUGGAUCAAUCAAAUGAGUAUUGGUUUGAUAACACAGCCUAUGGUCAUGGCUUUCAUGAGUUCUUGUCUCGAAACGACCUUCAACCUCAUCAUUUGCAAAAUGAUGUUUUCUAUCUCAAAGCUAGAAUUGUUGCUAUGUCGGUUGUCGAAGAUUUUUAGGUCGAAAUGACAUCAACAACCCGUGUCGAGAUGUUGUAUUAACAUAUGAUAAUGUAUAUAUAGUACAUAACGUGAUACAUGUGCUCGUGUUUAAGAGUUGGCCAAUGAUGAACUUUCGACCAAAACAAAUAUUUAUCUUGAAAAAGUAUGUAGAUCUCGUUAA